AUGGCGAAAAGUAAUUUGACUGGAAUUGUCAAUUCGACCACUCCUAAGACUACUACCGAAAUUGUGAAAAAGACCACUGGGCUAGUUUUUACAUAUAUUAGAGGAUCGGGAAUCGAAGUCAACGAAGAUCAAAUCACCAAUUAUCCACAGUGGUUCUCGUAUAUCAUCGCCGUCGGAUGCUGUGUAUGCUGUCUCACUUGUAUGGCUUGGAUCGUCUGUGCUCUUUGUUUUUUCAAAAGAGAAAAGAAAUGCACGCAUACAGUCCACAUUGUCGUUGAGAAGGACCCAGAAUCUCUGAAGAGGGGAUCGAAAUCGCCGAAAAAUGAGAAAGAUGAGCAAUUGGAAUCUCCAGGAGGUGGUCCGAUGGAAAAUGGAUCAUUUACAAAUCCAUUGCAACCAUCGGAUUACGGUAGAUCAUCGAAACGAUCAUCAAGAAAAGAAGAGGAACCAAAGAACAUGGAAUCGAUUGGAGGAGAAAACGUAGAAAAUUCUAGAAAAUCUUCUUCCAAAAAAUCCCAGAAAAAUGAGCCAGAAUCUAGAAAAUCGUCGAAAAAAUCAUCGAAAAAAGAGGGCGGAUCCAAAAAAUCGAAUUCAAAAAAAUCGAUAAAAUCCGAGAGACAAGAUGCUGGAAAUGAUUUUGGCACCACUUUUUCGAUUCAAAUGGAUUCAGAUGACAAUUUUCAGAAUUCGCAGAAAUUUGGAUUUUUCGAAAAGAUCUCCCGCUCCAUUUUCCAGCCAAGACAGUAA